UUUAUAAGAUUAUCAGUGUGGUUUACGGGAAUGAGAGGUGUUGAGCGGCUUCGACCGGGAUCCCAAAUUUAGUAUCCGUCCGUUGGGCCAGGCAUUCGGUUCAGAUCCCUCCCUCUCCAGUAUUGUGGUUCUACAAGGAACUGGCAUUCGCAAUCGCAAAUAAUAUAAUAUCUUGUCUCUGGUUUAAUUGCGUAUGAUAAAAGAUUUAUAUACCUGAAGAGCUCAAGUAGCUUUAUCAAAUACUCGGCUCGCUACUUUAUCGCCGCCAUGAACGCCGAUAUAAAAACUGUGACGGUUUACCCAACAACCGAAUUGGAAUUAACGACACCCACAAAGCCAGCGAAUGGCAGUAAAGACGAUGAUUACGAUCCCCAUCAGCACCGCGAUGUCAAGAACCCCACAACAAACUGGCAGACCUUUGCCCAUUUUCUGAAGGCUUCCGUGGGGACUGGGGUCUUGGCCAUGCCCAGUGCCUUCUCCCAUGCGGGAUAUGUCAAUGGCACGAUCUUUACACUGAUUAUAGGACUGCUGGCUCUGUAUUGUCUGCAUAUUUUGAUCAACUGCAUGUAUAUCCUGUGCAAACGCCAAAAGGUGCCGUAUGUUAGCUUUUCCGAGGCCAUGAAACUGGGCCUUAAACAGGGUCCGCCCUGGCUCCGUUGCCUGGCGCCCAUAGCCGUACCCUUUGUGGAUGGCUUUCUGGCCUUUUAUCACUUUGGCAUCUGUUGCGUCUAUGUGGUUUUUAUAGCUGAAAGUAUCAAGCAGCUGGUGGAUGAGUAUCUGGUGGUUUGGGAUGUUCGUUUACACAUGUGCAUCGUAAUUAUUCCACUUCUGGUCAUCUACAGUAUUAGGAAUUUAAAAUUACUAGCGCCCUUUUCCAGUGCCGCUAAUCUACUUUUGGCUGUGGGCUUUGGCAUCAUUUUGUAUUACAUAUUCGAUGACUUGCCACCGCUUAGUGAACGAGAACCUUUUGUGGCAUUCACACAGCUGCCUACCUUCUUUGGCACCGUGCUCUUUGCCUUGGAAGCUGUGGGUGUGAUCCUGGCCAUUGAAGAAAACAUGGCCACGCCUAGAGCCUUUAUACGUCCUUGUGGCAUCAUGAAUGCCGGCAUGAGCAUAGUGCUGGGCCUGUACAUUCUCCUGGGAUUCUUUGGUUAUUGGAAAUACGGCGAUGAAGCUUUGGGCAGUGUUACCCUGAAUAUACCCCAAUCGGAAAUACCUGCUCAGGUGGUAAAGAUUUUCUUUGCCAUCACCACUUGGAUAUCGUAUGCCUUGCAGGGUUAUGUAACUGCUCAUAUCCUGUGGGAUAAGUACUUAUCCAAGCAUGUCAGGGAAUCCAGGCGCACAGGGUUUGAGCUGCUCUUUAGGGCCAUGAUUGUGCUGCUUACCUUUGGUUGUGCCAUAGCAAUUCCCGAUCUUUCGGUUUUCCUUUCCCUUGUCGGAUCCUUUUGCCUGUCUAUCCUGGGUCUUAUAUUUCCAGCCUUACUUCAGAUUUGUGUUCAAUAUACAGAGGGCUAUGGACCAUUCCGGAUAAAACUGAUCAUUAAUGUAUUGCUUUUGUGUUUCGGAGUCCUUGGAGGUGCUGUGGGCACCUAUGUGAGCAUCUUGGACAUCAUUGAGGUGUACAAAUAAACAACGAAUUUCGAA